AUGGAUGGUUGGCUCUUACGUGGGGCAAGGUCACCUUCUGCUGAGACACUUCAAAUAUACCUUAUUACAGUUCCUCUGCCUUCACUUAUAUCUGAAAAGGACUCUUACGUCUGGCUUGUCAAUGACUCUGCAUUGGAUAAUUAUUCAGCAAAGCUAACCUGGGAAGCCUUACGUCACAGGGCUCCGCUUCAGCAAUGGUCCUCUUAUGUCUGGUUCAAAGGUGCAAUCCCUAGACACUCUUUCAAUAUGUGGCUAGCUCAGCUCGACAGGCUACCCACAAGAGCCCGUCUCUCCAAAUGGGGCACCAAUAUUCCAACUUCUUGCUGCCUUUGUAAUACCUACAUUGAAGACAGAGAACACCUCUUCUUUCGCUGCGAUUGGAGUGCUGAUCUUUGGACCAUUUGUCUGCAAAGAAUGGGAUACUCAUUUGUAGGAUUCCACACAUGGCUAGCCUUCUCUGACUGGCUAAGUUUAUGUGACAGUGUGGCUCCUAGGCUACUCAAACAUUUAGUAGCCUCAGCAACUAUCUACUCUAUUUGGUCUGAGAGGAACAAGCGAUAUCAUGAUAACAUCUCAUCUUCUCCAGCUACCAUUUUCAAGUUACUUGAUCGUUUCAUUAGAGAUGCAAUCCUGUCGAAGAGAAAUCAGAAAUAG